GUAUUCCAACUUAUAAAAACCUGUCAUCACCUCACAAAGCUUUUGUAUAUGAAAAUGAAGAACUCAUAUACCUCUCUAUCUCUCCGGCCCAUCCUCAUCGCCAUCAUCCUCUUCCUUACAGAACCAUCUCACCAAAAUAUUUAUCCUUUUCCUCUCUUAUCAAUCCCAAACCCUAGACUUAUGGAAGCUUACAUAGCUCUCCAAGCUUGGAAACUAUCAUUCACUUCCGACCCUAAUCAAUUCACCGCCAAUUGGUACGGCCAUAAUGUCUGCAACUACACCGGCGUUUAUUGCGCACCUGCCCUCGACGACCCUCUCAAAUUAACAGUCGCCGGAAUCGACCUCAACCACGCCAACAUUGCCGGGUUCUUGCCGGAAGAGCUAGGGCUUCUUAAAGACCUUGCUCUUUUUCACUUAAACUCUAACCGCUUUUUCGGAACUAUUCCGGCGAGUUUUAUCAAACUCCGUCUUCUUUAUGAGCUUGAUUUAAGUAACAACAAAUUUAGCGGUUCGUUUCCGUGCGUAGUUUUUUUUCUUCCUUCACUCAAAUUUCUUGAUAUUAGAUUCAACGAGUUCACCGGAGAUAUUCCAAAACAAGUCUUUGAUCUGAAUCUUGAUGCGCUUUUCCUCAACGAUAAUAAAUUUGUGUCAGCAUUGCCGGAAAAUUUAGGUAACUCGCCGGUUUCAGUGUUGGUUCUGGCAAACAACAAGAUUAGCGGUUGUAUUCCGCCGAGUAUAGGAAGAAUGGCGGCGCUUGAAGAGACUAUUCUUUCUAACUUGGGAUUAAAAGGAUGUCUAGUUCAAGAAAUAGGGUUCUUAAAAGAGUUAAAAGUUCUUGACGUUAGCUGUAACAAGCUAUCGGGAUCUUUGCCGGAAUCCAUCGGACAACUCACGAAUCUGGAGCAGCUAAACGUUGCACGUAAUAAGUUUUCCGGUCAUAUUCCAGAGAGUAUAUGUUCCUUGCCGAACUUGCAAAAUUUCACUUACUCCUAUAACUUCUUCUCCAGUGAGCCACCUUUGUGCCUUAGGUUACCGGCGAAGGAUGACCGGAAAAAUUGUAUUCCGGACAGGCCUAGGCAGAGAUCAAAUGAAGAAUGCAGAUUAUUUUACUCGCAGCCGGUUAUUAAUUGUGCUGCCGGUACAUGUCCAGCCAGCUAAAACUGUCACGGCUGCAUGGCAUUAAUUAUGAUUGAUUAGUUUGGUGACCAAUUAAUGGUCACAGCAGAGAUGAUAAAUAGAAUUGAAGAAAUUUGGUUUAUAUUCAAUUCCAGUUACUAUAGUAUUAAUUGUGUGCUGUUUAUUUUUAUUUUCUACUUUUUAACCAUUAGUGUACUAUUUAUAAUGUUAGAUAUGUAAAUGGCUUAGCCCAUAUAAAGGCCCAUGUAUUAUUCAA